UAUCAGUAUUCGAAGUCUAAGAUAACUGCAGUUAGUGCUGGACAUAUUAUUUUGAAUCGACGUCGGCAAAAUGUAUACGAUUACCUCUUUUUUUAUUUUGACGUUAGUUUUGAAGUUAUUAAUUAUCAAUUUCGACAGCGUAUGUGGUGUCCAGAAAUUUUACAUAGACUAUGAAAAAAACGAAUUCAUCAAAGACGAUAAAGUAUUUAGAUACGCUUCGGGGUCACUUCAUUAUUUCCGAGUGCCAAGACCAUAUUGGCGAGACCGGAUACGUAAGAUGAAAGCUGCGGGCUUAAACGCCGUAUCAUCUUAUGUAGAAUGGAGUUUUCAUGAACCAACUUCAGGUGUAUACAAUUUCGAAGGGCAAGCAGAUUUGGAGCACUUUCUGACGGUAUUAAAAGAAGAAAAUAUGUUAGUACUUCUUAGACCUGGACCGUAUAUAUCAGCUGAAAGAGAUUUUGGUGGUUUUCCGUAUUGGUUGUUGAAAGAAAAACCAAGUUUACAGCUCAGAUCUAAUGAUCCAAUGACUGAAUGUUUCGGUUAUAUGAAAGAAGUGCAGAAAAAAGGUCCUUUGGUAAAUUCUGAAUUUUACACUGGAUGGAUCGCAUAUUGGAAUCAAACACGACCAGACAGAUAUUCCAAGGACAUAAUCCAAGGGUUAAAAUAUUUUUUAUCAAACAACAUAUCGUUCAAUUUAUUUCCGUUCCACGGUGGAACCAAUUUCGGAUUUUCUUCAGGUGCCACUACAGUAGGAUCAACUUUAGAAACAGCCGGCUAUCUACCUCAGUUAACGUCAUACGAUUUCAAAGCUCCAUUAGACGAGGCCGGUGAUCCUACAAACAAAUAUUAUGAUAUUCAGAGGGUCCUUAAAGAAGCGAAUCAUCCAACCACCUCAACGCCAAGACGUGCACCUAAAGGCAAUUAUGGAAUAGUUAAUCUAUUACCUGUUGUAAGUCUAUUCGACCAAACAUCUAUGCACAUAAAACCCGUCAUAAAUGAAGUACCGUUGAGCUUUGAAGAUAUGGAUAUAAAUCAUGGACUAGUUUUGUACGAAACAAAUUUACCAACGAUUGCACGACCAACCAAACUACCACUAAUCAUAGAAAAACUUCGGGAUCGGGCGAUUAUAUUUUUAGACUGUGUGAAAAUAGGAACAAUGAGCCGAUCAAAUGGAGAUACAUCAAUGGAAGUACCGAUAACUAACAAUAACAAAAAGCUGAAUAUUCUAGUUGAAAAUCAAGGCAGAAUCAACAGUUUAAAAUUUUUAAAGGACAAAAAAGGGAUCUUAUCUAACGUAACACUAGGAAAAAAUAUCCUAGGUCCGUGGGUUAUGACUGGAUAUCCGUUGAACGACACAUCCUGGUUGGAAUUUGAAAAUCUACAACCGAAUGUGAAACCACCUGCGUAUUACAGAGGGAUAUUUAUCAUACCUCAAGACCAUAGACAUUCAAAACCUUUAGAUACGUACUUAGAUACAUCUGGGUGGUCAAAAGGUAUUGCAUUUAUCAAUAACAUAAACAUCGGAAGAUAUUGGCCUCAAGUUGGGCCACAAAUCACACUUUAUGUGCCAGCACCAUAUUUAGUUUCUGGAUUGAACACCAUAGUGAUGGUAGAAUUUGAAAGAGCUCCCGAAGAUUUCACAGUCAAAUUAGUGGAUAAACCUCGCUUAGAUUGGUAGUUAGAAUAGAAAAAUAUAUAGAAACAACAGAAUAGAAAAUGUAGAAUUAUGCUACUAAAAAUUAUAUAAAAAUAAAU